AUGCAGCCGUGGGCCCUCGUAUCGCCCGCUUCUCGCGGCAUUGGCCUGGAGUUUGCUCGCCGCCUUCUAUUGACGACAAAGGUGCCGGUCGUUGCGACUGCUCGGACGGAUUUGGAUCAGACGAGGGAGAGGGUGCUUGAGGGGUUGAAGGAUGUGAAAGAGGAGCGGCUGAAUGUGCUGAAGGUUGAUUUCCUCGACGAGGACUCAAUCGCAGAAGCAAAGCGCAAGGUAUCCGAACUCUUCCCGCCCAAAGAGCACUACCUCCACCUCGGCCUUUGCAUCCCCGGCAUCCUCUUCCCCGAGAAAUCACCCGACCAGAUCAACCACGACAAUGCGUUGCUCAGCUUCCGCGUCAACACCAUCGGUCCCAUGCUGCUGACCAAGCACUUCUGGUCCUUUCUGCCGCGCAAAGGCUCCGGCAACAACGAGCAGCCAUCCGGUCUGCCGGCCAGCGCCAUCUGGGCGAACAUGAGUGCGCGCGUCGGCUCGAUUAGCGACAACAAUGCGCAGGGCGGGUGGUUCUCGUAUCGCUCGUCGAAAGCGGCGGUCACGCAGUUGUCGAAGAGUUUCGAUAAUUACCUGCGCCUCACGAUGAAGGACAAUGCGAUGUGUGUUGCUAUGCAUCCUGGGACGGUGAAGACGGGAUUGAGCGAGGGGUUUUGGGAGACGACGGCGGAGGGGAAGCUGUUUUCGCCGGAGUACUCGGUGGAGAAGCUGAUGGAGAUGCUGAACUCGCGGACGAUGGAGCAUCGGGGGAAAUGUUGGGAUUACAAGGGGGACGAGGUUCCUCCUUGA